UACAUAUGACACUAUGAUUGCCCAAGUAUCAUUGGACCCAGAAUAUUGCAUUCUCGCCGAAAGUCUUGGAAGCCAUCCAUUGUAGAUUCCUCGACAUCUUGAGCCUAGCGGCGUCUUGUCAGAAUCAACAAGCAGCUACUUGAAUCAUGUCUUCGUCACAUUGGAUGGCUUCUUCUCCACCUCCGGACCCUACUGCGGAGCAAAAGCCAGACCCGAUGCCAAAUCCAGCCCUACAACUCUCUUCUUUGCCGCCGAUCUUUCUAUCCGAAUCACACCUCGAUACUUGCGAGUUACACGAACUCGAGGACAACGUGAUCGAAGCUGGAGGUAUUCUUUCAUAUGAUCUCAAGGAAGCCGGGAUUGUCUUGACUAAAGCGGAACGUAAGAGGCGUAUCCAGCUAGAUCUGCGCGACAAAAAGUGCUAUACCGAGGAAGUCGAAAUCGUUAAAGACACGGGUGCCUCUGACGUUGUAUCCCGAAACACGACAGACCAUUCGAAUAAGAAGCUGAAGUUUUCCCGUUCGAAUGAGUCCGAAGAGAAUGGAAAGAUGAACCUGGAUACACACGAUGUCAGUACUGAAUCUGAUACGGAAGAUGGGUCAAACCCAACCAAGCGCAAGCACAAAACUUCCGCAGCCAAGCAGGAUUCGAACCGUGCCUACUUUUCGAAUCCAUACAUCAAGGUCCUGCGACUGAAAUGGUUCUUCGACAGUCGAAAAGAGGGCACCAUCCUGCCCAUCGAACCAUAUUUGCUAUACCAAGGUCGGCGUGUUGAGAAGCCCGACAAUAUCAAGACACCAAUCAAAGGCUCAAGCUUCACUGCUCAGACCAACACACCACGGUCCAUUUUAGAAAGAGCAAGAGCUGAUGCCGAUGACAACCCAUCCUCUCCAGCUCAGCAGCGCAGCAGUCGCAAACUUGGCCAAAUUGGUGGCAGUAAGACUUCAGCGCCAUUCCAACCUACAAUGCAUGCCAAGCGAGCUCAAUUGUUACACCAAACGACCUCCGAACACGACUCAGGCCAGUCCUCCGACCUUCCCGAGAUGCCGCCAUGGGUUCAGAACGAGGUCAAGUAUGCUUGUCAACGUGCAACGCCAGCCGACCCGCCCAAUGCAGAGUUCAUUGCUCAGCUUGAUAAAAUCAAGUUGGCUCGACUACUCACUGGCGACGAAAUCGGUGUCAGAGCCUACAGUACUAGUAUCGCUGCCAUAGCCGCCUACCCUCACAAGUUUAGCUCUGCACGCGAGAUCAUGCAUCUACCAGGCUGUGACGCAAAGAUCGCAAACCUCUUCGUUGAGUUUGCAAACUAUGGCAAGAUCACAGAGGCAGAAGAAGGAGAAAACAAUGAUGAGCUCAAAGUUGUGAAGCUAUUCUACAACAUCUGGGGCGUCGGAGCUACAACAGCAAGAGACUACUUCAAGGAGAAAGGGUGGAGAGACUUGGACGACGUAGUAGAAUUCGGCUGGAGUACCUUGUCGCGAGUUCAACAGAUCGGGGUCAAGUAUUACGACGAGUUUCUGUUACCCAUCCCUCGAUCUGAAGUUGAAGACAUCGCCGCCAUCAUCCACAAGCAUGCGGUCAAAGUUAGUGAUCAGGGUAUGCAGAGUCUAGUCGUCGGUGGCUAUCGACGAGGCAAAGAGAACUGUGGCGAUGUGGAUAUCGUCUUGUCGCACCCAGAUGAGGAUAAGACUCUGAACAUGGUCACCAAUGUCGUUGCGAGUCUGGAGGAACAAGGCUGGAUCACGCAUACACUAUUGAUCACCACCAAGACCAGUGAUCGUAAACAGGAAACGCUUCCUCUGAACUCGUCCUCAUCGCAUGCUCACGGCGGCUUCGACAGCCUCGACAAAGCGCUAGUGGUCUGGCAAAAUCCCAAGCACGACCUUGACCGAACCGACACGAAGGAAAAGAAUUUGAAUCCUCAUCGCAGAGUCGACAUCAUCAUCGCGCCUUGGAAGACCGUGGGUUGCGCGGUAAUGGGCUGGUCGGGCGGUACGACUUUCCAACGGGACCUGCGCCGCUACGUUCGACAAACCUACAACUACAAGUUCGACUCUUCCGGCGUUCGAGAUAGGAGGACCGGAGCAGUGGUCGAUGUCGAUGGGAAAGCAUACACAAUGGAGGAGGCGGAGAAGAAUGUCUUUGGCGCACUGGGACUGGACUACAGAGAGCCAUGGGAAAGAUGCACAGGAUAAGCAACACCUUGAAUCAAAAGGAUAUCAGCUCUAUUUGGUAGCAAAUUUGGUGCGUUGUCUCGCCCAACGCCAGUCCUGGUAUUAUACUCAGUCGAUUUAGCGUUUCCUUCGUUCAGGCGGCAUUGGUGUAGUGGAAAGAGCUCGUGUCUACUCCCACGUGGCUCGUGACCGCACGUCGCCUGUU